AGGGAUUUCCCAUUACGUAAUAUCCGGAAGUCCGCCAUUUUGGAGGCUAGCCCGGAUGAUAAGAUCAGCUGAUACGCUACCUUGAACAUUUACAAAGGCUGUCAAAUUUUUAUUGUAAUCGGACAGAUAAAUGAUAACAGAAUGGUAUUGAAGUGUGCAAUUAUUGGUUGUUCAAAUAGGAAAGAUCGUGAAAAGGACUUGCAGUAUUAUAGAUUACCUGCUGUGAUAAAAAAUCAAGGAAUUGAAUGUGAAAAACUGAGUGAUGAUCGGCGAAGAGAAUGGCUAGCCAAUAUAAACCAGAACUUCAAGGAUAAAAAUAUUGACAAUAUACGAAUAUGUUCAGCGCAUUUUAUCAGUGGGAAAAGGGCAGAACUGUAUGACAGAAGUAAUCCAGAUUGGUGUCCCACUCAACGACUCCGCAUGGAAGGAAAUGUCCAAGAAAAUUCAUUAGGUACAACACCGAGUGUCAGUAGAUAUAACAGGGUUCAGGACAGGAAACGGAGAAAACUUGAACUAUUUGUUGAGACCAACCAUGAAUCUGAUAAUACUUCAUCAAGCACUUCAGUUGAGAAAACAACAAAUGUGUCAUCUCAGACUGAAGUUGACGGCACGCACCUCAAGGGUAUGGAUUGUGAAAUAAAUGCUCUUCGUCUAGAAAUAAAAACCUUAAAGGAAGAAAAAGAAAUGAAUGACAACAGGUAUUCUGAAAAAGACUUUGCCAAUAAUGAUGAAAAAGUAAAGAACUUUACUGGACUAUGUAAAUUUACUUUACUAAUGACUUUAUUUCAGUAUCUUGAGCCAUUCAUGCAGAGUUCAGAUGCUUUGGACAAGUUUAAGUGCCUUGUGCUUACACUUAUGAGACUUAGGUUAAAUUUAUCAGUACUGUUUUUGUCACAUGAAUUUAAGAUCUCCAAGUCUUCUGUGUCAAGGAUUUUUUCUAAUGUGACUGAUGUUAUGUAUCAGAGGAUGAAACCAUUUGUUCAUUGGCCUGACCGAGAAUCUCUGCAGAAGACAAUGCCUAUGCAAUUUAGGAAACAUUUUGGAAAAAAAUGUGCAGUCAUAAUUGAUUGCUUUGAAGUGUUUAUCGAGAGGCCUUCAAACUUAAAAGCACGUGCUGAAACAUGGUCGUCUUAUAAACACCACAAUACAGUUAAAUUUUUGAUCGGCAUUACACCCCAAGGGACCAUCUCUUUUAUCUCAAAAGCAUGGGGCGGUAGAGUAAGCGACAAAUACAUAACUGAACAUAGUGGGUUCCUGAAUAAACUUUUACCAGGGGAUUUAAUCUUAGCCGACAGGGGCUUUGAUAUUCGUGACAGUGUUGGCGCAAUGUGUGCCCAAGUCAACAUACCAGCCUUUACAAAGGGAAAAGAUCAACUUUCUCCAGCAGAUAUAGAAACAACCAGGAAGUUAGCAAAUGUGCGCAUUCAUGUUGAACGUGUUAUCGGGACAGUUCGCCAGAAAUAUACUAUAUUGAAUGGGACUAUUCCUAUAAGUUUCCUUAAAUCUGCACCAGAAAAUAACAUAACAAUGAUUGAUAAAACAGCUCAUGUGUGCUGUUCUUUAGUUAAUCUGAAUGAUUCUGUUGUUGGUUUCGAGUGAUUUGAUUAUAUCUCUGAUCAAAUGUAAAAAUAAUAAAAGUAGCUAGGCGAAAUGUAAUCGGACAGUAACAUUUGUUUGUUGGGUUGUUAACAUUGUUUCUGAAUAUUAAAUAUACAUUUCAGUAUUGAAUGCUCCAUAUACUGAUAUAAAGAUUAGGCUAAAAGACUCUUUUUAUAUAAUGUUUCUUCAUCAUUAUGUUAAUAAAAUAUCAUUAAAUUCA